AUGGCGCUGCGCACCUUUCUGGAAACGGAAUUGGGUUUUGGCGACGCUGCCAAUGUUGAAAUACAGCGAGUUCAUCGUCUAGGAAAAAAGAGAGGAGAAAGUUCCAGACCCAUACUUGCUAGAUUUCUACGAUAUAAGGACUGUGAAAAGCUUCUUUCGCUGGGACAUCGUCUACGAGGAACAAACUACAAAAUGUACCAAGAUCUUCCGUUUGAGAUCGUCGAACGUAGGAGAGCGCAGAUGGAAACCUUCAAAAAGGCAAGACGCAACAACAUUCCCGCAGCUUUCAGCAAAGCCCAGCCUGACAAACUGUUCAUAAGAGGGAAAUUGUGGCCUUUUGGAAUGCCAUUAGAACUGUGA